AUGGGUGAUCAGCCUGAAGAUCCUAAGAAGGAUUUGAAGAUAUCAGCCUAUAUUCUUGCUGGUCUUGCUAUGAUGCUUAACAUUAGGCUAUCAUAUAGUUCUGCUCCAUAUGCACUUAUUAGGUUUCAACUGCCUGAGAAUCUUUUUAGCGUCUUUGUAAGGAGAAUGGCUAGUGCUCUUGAACUUUGGUGUCUACCAAGUAUGCUUCUGGGUAACCUCAUGGAUAUCAUUAGAAAACAUGCUUUUACUGAUAAUAAAAAAAAAGAAGCUUGGGGUUAUCACUGGCAAUCUAUAUUUUGGUCUUGGGCUAAUUUCUUAACAUUUGUAAUACUUUUAUUUGUAUAUCGUGGUGGUGGUGAACAUGGUCGUUUAACUAUGUUUUAUUGGAUUAUUGCUAUUUCAGGAUUUGUAUUUGGUAUCAAUAUGGUUAUGGUAUAUGCUCUUGAAGCUAAAUAUUUGACUUGGUAUAUGAUUGGUGAAAACUCAUUUCCAGCUGUUACAUCACUAAUGCACUAUAUUACAACACUCAUCUUUGGUAACAGAAGGAAAUGGAAUUCUGACUAUGUCAUAGUCUAUAUUGACAUUUGGGUUGCAAUAAUAAUCUCCUUGGUGGCAGCAGCAGUCUGGACAGGUGCAUACUCCAGCAACUACGAUGGUGGUGCUGAUUUCGGAGCUACUCCCAACCAGAAUCUCAUAUCACCCGUUGCUAUGGUAAUUGUAGGUAUGGGUCUAGUAUAUGCUAUAUAUCCUGGUAUUGCACCAGGUAUGAUUGUACCAUUCUAUCUCAUUGAUAAGAUUGAGAUGGUACUUCUAAUUGCUACAGCAGUUCCACCAAUCAUAAUUGGUAUUCUGAGGGCAACUGAUACCAAAGGUUUUCCUGGUGGUCCUCAAACACCAACAUGUAAAUGGUACAAUGAUACUACUGAUGGUAAUGGUUCCUUCUGGCAUGCAUUUGACCUACUUAUCGUCCUUAAGAUCUCUCUGGCUGGUAUCUUUAUAUACUCACUUCACUAUAGAGAUUCAUCACUUGCUAGAUCUAUCGUUAACCAACCCAAAAUGUCUACUGCACUCUCUAUCUUAUUUUAUAUGUGCCAUGAGAUUCUGUUAGCAAUUGGAUUUCCUGGUAUAUUUGGUGGUAACAGUGGAGGCGACCAAGUAAUGCUGCCAGCACAGUAUGUGGGUGCUCUAUUUAUGAUCUUCUUAGCAUUUUACAGUGAAGGCUACAUCAUUGAGUAUAAAAGUCACGAUCCUGCCCAUUGGCCAACCGAUGGAAUGACCCCGUGGAAUGCCCUUUGCUACUGGGCCAAAAGAGCCAGCAAAAUAACUAAUCACAACCUAGAAUCACUAUUUACAACUAAUUUACAUAGAUAUUUAAAUUUUAAAUCAUUACAUUAUGUAUUAAUACAUAUUAUACACUUUAAAAUAUAA